AUGCAGCUCACCGAAGACGACCUCUAUCGCAGCUCCACCCAGUUCCGCAAUUGGUCCUUUACCGCCUCGCAACUCGCUGCACAGCGCCUGAAGAUCAACGUGCAAGCCACCGAGCGCGUCAAAGCCAAUGUCGCGCGUCUACGAGCUCAGCGCGGCAACGAUGCCGUAGACAACAUUGGUGCGGAAGCGGGUGUGGAUAAAGAGAAUGGGAGCGGGACCAGCGGCGCAAAUACACCGGAUGCGCGUAUGCAGACAGUGACGGAGAUCAAUUGCCUCACCGCAGAGGAAGAGUUGAAGAUAGUAAACGAAUUCUGCGAGCGCGCAAUCGCCCUGGGGAACCACUACAGUUUCCCAUUAAAUGUCGUCGCAACAUGCAUCCAAUUCCUCCGCCGCUUCUACCUCUACAACUCGCCCAUGACCUACCACGUCAACAACAUCCUCCGCACAAUAAUGUUCCUCGCCACAAAAGUCGAGCUCUUCCCCAUCCACGUCUCGUCCUACGCCGAAGGCGCCGGCCGCGCCGUAACCUCCGAAGACGUGCUCGCCCCGGAAUACAUCAUCGUGCAGUCGCUGCGCUACAACCUCGACGUCCGCCACCCCUUCCGCGCCAUCAAAGCCGGUCACAUGGAGAUGCUCGACAUGGCGCGGGGGAAAUACCAAGGGCCUGCGGGGGAGCUGGGGGGCGCGAAGGAGGUGCAGAGCAGGAUUUGUGCGGUGCCGGUCAAGGUGGGGGCGCAGGCGAUAAAGAUGCCGGAGAAGAAGGUCGAGGAGAGGGUGAAUGCCGCGUAUGGUGCUGCGACGAAUACGCUGCGUACGGUUGCUGUGCUUACGGACGCGUAUUUCUUAUACACGCCCUCGCAGAUCUGGCUCGCGGCUCAUCUCCUCGCCGACGAACCACUCACCCUAUUCUACCUCUCCCUCAAAGUCCCCACGUCCAGUCCUAUCCACGCGAAACUCCUUACUACGCUCCGCAACUGCGCGUCGCUCAUCUCGAGCCACCGGCUUUAUGUUAAUGCGUCGUUGCCGGCGGCAGAGCGCGAGGCGAAGGAAGCGAAGCACAAAGCGGAGAUUAAGGCGCUGGUGCAGAAAUUGAAGAAUUGUAGGGAUCCGGAUAAGGUUGAUUUGGUCAAGCUCAAUCAGGCGCAGAAGAGGGAUGCGGUGCAGGGGGAUGCGUUGGAGGAGAGUAAGGCGAAGAGGAGGAAGUUGGCGAGGGAGGGGUAUGAGAAGGAGUCUGAUGCUUUUUGGGGGCCGGAAUUGGGGAAGAAGGCGGAGUAG